AUUUUAGGGUUUCCUCUCAUUGGGUGGGCUCCGGCGGAGGGGCUGCAUGCAUGUGUUCUGCACCGUACGGCCGGAAAAAGCGCCCGAGAUCCGCAGGGAGCAUCUUCCCCAUCAGCAAAGGGGCGCAGGCGGAGCCGGAGCGGCGGGAGAGCACGGAGGCGGCCGUGGACGACAGCAGGAUGACUGUUCAGGAAUUCAACACCUUGGUGGCUCUGUACCGGGAGCAGGUGAUAUCUGUGGGGGAGAUCUCUGUGGACUGUCCGGCACUGCGGGCUCAGAUGCACCAAACCCGCUCCAAAGGCUGCUCCAUGGCCCGGGCUGCGCACCAGGACCUGGCCAUCAUCUCUGGAUCAGGGCCGGAGGACGGAGAGAUCCAUCCUGAAAUCUGCCGUCUCUUCAUCCAGCUGCAGUGCUGCCUGGAGAUGUUCAUAACGGAGAUGCUCAAGUCCAUGUGCCUGCUGGGGGUGCUGCAGCUUCACAGAAAAACAGGAACAGACCAGGAGCCGAGAGUCGACUUCAGGAUGGACGAGAGCUCUGAUGUCCCCAUCCUGGAGGACAGAUCCUCGUCUCCCAUCGAUUACCCUCAGGAGGCGUGGCUGGUGGGAAUCGACAUUGAGAACAUAGAAAGAGACAUGAAAGAGAUGCGAAACCUACUCAGCAAACUCAGGGAGACGAUGCCAUUGCCGCUGAAAAACCAAGAUGACAGCAGCUUGUUAAACCUGACUCCCCAGCCGCUAAUCCAGCAGAGGAAGAGGCGCUUCCCGGGGCUCUGCUGCGUGGUGUCGGGCUGAGAAUCCGGGCGCACCACGGCUGUCGACGCGCACACGACAAGGACCUUUACUUCAGCUUUCAUUAAGUGGGAUUCAUUGAUAACACUUGUCGCUUUUUUUGUUUUUUCGUCCUGGUUUAGCCUCAAGAAUGUUUCAACUUAUUUAUCAGGUAUCUUAUUUAAAAACAGGUCUAUAAAAAAAUCUAAAGAAUCUCAUUAUUUAGUUUUUUCAUUUCUACCAGUCUUACAUUUCAAGUAUUUUCUCCAUUUCAGUUUUUUUCGAUCUCCUAAAAACUAAAGCGCGUAAAUGUUCUGGCUAUGCACCGGCAUCUUCAGUGUCCUGCUUCUCAUAAAACGUGCCGCGGUGUAAAAACGUCAUUCGUCUGCUAAUCUGUGUGAUGUGACCGAGCAAGUCCUCCACAUUAUGGUGCAUAUCUGCCAGUGGCUCCAAUAUAGAGAGAGAGAAGAGAGGAAAAGAAGAAAAGCUGCUUCCAGAUCUUAACCAUCAUAUUUUUAUUACCUCGAUGUUGUCAGUGCUAACUUCGCCUAUCUGACAGUAGAGUUUGCAGAAAAAAAAUCUGCUUUUUUUUGUUUGUUUUUUGCCUAAACAGCUGACUGGUGUCUGUUAAAAAAAAAAAAAAUGUGCAUGAAAGCAAAAUAAUACACCCCUCUGAUAAAUAUGUCACAGAGUUUUAGAAAGUGUUGCAUUUAAAAGUAUUUAAUACAAACUGUCUCAUCUCUGCAAUUCAGGGCUUGACAUUAACGUUUUUAUUAACCAGCC